AUGGACGAUGGCCUAGAUUCAGAAUCUUUUGAUCUGUGGAUGGCGUCCUCCGAGGUGGACCAGAACGCCCUGGGCAACUUUGCCUCGAUCAUGAGCCUGGAAAAACCCUUGCUUUCGGCAAUGCUGUACAAGAUCCUGGGCUUGUCGGUCAUGCUGUCUAAGAAGCUCCUGCGCGCGCGACGACUCAGGCGGCUGGAUCCCACCCGCGAGACCAAGUCGCUCCAGCUGUACCACCAUAUCAUCUGGCUCUCCCGCGAGGGCCUGCUAAUCCUGGAAGAAUUCGUGUUACCCAGGGUGGAAGAGUAUCUCGAACUGAAGAUUCUAGCCUACAAGCUCCGCGCGUCCUUUUACCACAUCUUCGUUCUGUUCCACAACCAGCCCGCGGUGCGUUCGCCAGGCAUCAUCAGCCUGCCCAGCGACAAAGUCCUCAACGGCACCGGAAGCUCCGGAUCCUCCCAUAAAGAGCCGCGCUUGCGGUUCUCGUUCGAAGGAAGCCCCGAAAUCAUCACCGUCCCACACAAACCGUCGCCGCCGCGACCAUCGCAGACGAAAGUCACCCAGGCGCCUCCGGGCCUCGCGCCCGUGCAGCUCCCCCGAUCCGCGUCCUCGUUUCUGCUGCCCGCGUUGGACUACACGCCCACCGCCACAGCAUGCUUCAACCACGCCGCCCUGCUGGCCGAUCGCUUCCUGCCCGGGUCGCAUCCGCUGCGUCUGUCCAUCAAACUCGAAUACGCCGCCUACCUGUACGACUGUCUCCACGACUCGACCGCCUGUCGCCGACUCGCGAAGCAGGCCAUUGCCGACGUAUACAAUGCGCAGGAGGGCAUGGAUGACGAGAGCUUCGAGGACGCAGCCGAGAUUGUCGGAAUUCUGGGCAAAAUGGUGAAACGGGGAGGCAAGACGAGCAGCGCCGGUGGAACGAGUUCGGGAACGCUGCGCGCCGACAGCGAGGGUGGUCACAGCCCGUCGAAGAAGACCUCCAGGGACGGGGGUAGUACGACGCCGUCUGGGACGCCCCGAGAUGACGGUUCGACGAAGAAAGCUGUCUCGGCAAAGGCCACGCCUAGAGCAUCUCCUGCGCCGCCGGUGUCGAAGACUACGAACGGGCUGCCCCCAGCGGUUCCUCACCCGACGAUGGUGAACCCGAUUUAA